UAAGAAGCAUUUCUUCGACGAAACGACGACUCCAGAUUUGAUUGCGCUCCAGCGUCAGCAAUUUUUGAAAUUUUCAAUCUCUUUCCAAUAGAAAAUUUUCGAAUUUCUUUUGUAAAUUUCAGCGAGAAAUGAUUUAAGAACCAGAUAGAGAUAGGAGAGAGAUUGAAGGGAAUGGAGUCAAAGUUGUAGUUGGAGCAUCAGAAAUAGCAGCGACGAGCAGUGGGAGUGGUUCCUCUUCGGCGUCCCUCCCAAAUCUAGGGUUUUGGAGCCAGGAUUGCGUCUUCCUCGCCCCAUGCACUCCCAAGAUCUCGCCUUCGUGGCUGAUUCGUCCGGAAUCGCGAGGAGCAGCAGGAUUUGAUUUUGUUGUUGGAGCUCCUCGCAAAUAUCCCCCUUUCGGACGGUCGUCGUUUGUACGCUGCCGCUCCCUUUCUGCGUACGGACAAGUGUUUGGGGAUCGCUAUUGCUUUGUAAUUUUUUGGGAGAUGCUCUGUCGCCGCUAGAAGAGAGGCUUUUGGAUUCCUCGUUUUCGACGCUUUGGUAGCUUUAUGGCGUUAGAAAAAUCGAGGCUUUGAAGGUAGUUGUUCCUCCUCGAUGCCGGUACAGGGAAGAUGGCAAGCCAACUGCGGCCUUUGAUUCUGAGAACUUUUUACGGUGCUUCAGAACAUGCAUAUGUGGCAACUAAGUGUAUGACUCAUCGAGCCAUUCAUUUUGAUCCUUCUCGAUCAGGAGUUUCUACCGACAUAAACACUCCAACUGCCUACUGUUGAGUCAUUGGCACUACAAAAGAAGGGUCCGCUACCGAGUUACAUCACUUUUGCCGUGAUGGCAGAUGGUAGUCCCAGGACAGAUACCUCCACAGAUGUGGACACUGAUGAGAAAGAUCAGAGGUUCGAACAUGGUCAACUUGCUGCUGUUGCAGCUUCUGAUUCUAGUGAUAGGUCGAAAGACAAAACACUCGAUCAAAAGACUCUUCGUCGCCUUGCACAAAAUCGUGAAGCUGCCAGAAAGAGUCGGUUAAGGAAAAAGGCUUAUGUACAACAACUAGAGAGCAGUAGAGUAAAGCUGACCCAACUUGAGCAGGAGUUUCAAAGAGCUCGUCAGCAGGGUAUUUUCAUCUCUAGCUCAGGAGAUCAAUCACAUAACACGGGCGGGAAUGGCGCAAUGGCUUUUGAUGUUGAAUAUGCACGAUGGCUUGAAGAACAUAACCGACAGACAAAUGAACUGAGAGCAGCAGUUAAUGCUCAUGCGAGUGAAAACGACCUACGCAUUAGCAUCGAUGGUAUCAUGGCACACUAUGAGGAAAUAUUUAGGCUCAAGGGCGUUGCCGCAAAGGCAGAUGUCUUUCACAUAUUAUCGGGAAUGUGGAAGACACCGGCUGAAAGAUGUUUCCUAUGGCUCGGGGGUUUCCGAUCAUCUGAACUUCUAAAGUUACUUGCAAACCAGCUCGACCCUCUAACCGAGCAGCAAUUGAUGGGGAUAUGCAAUCUCCAACAGUCAUCCCAGCAGGCUGAGGAUGCCCUCUCUCAAGGGAUGGAGGCCUUGCAGCAGUCCCUAGCCGAAACAUUGGCCGGUUCUCUCGGUCCCUCGGGAUCGUCAGGAAAUGUAGCAAAUUACAUGGGUCAGAUGGCUAUGGCCAUGGGGAAACUCGGUACUCUCGAGAACUUUCUUCGGCAGGCUGACAAUCUCCGGCAGCAAACCUUACAACAAAUGCAUCGGAUAUUGACUAUAAGACAGUCUGCUCGGGCAUUCCUCGCCAUAAGUGAUUACUUCUCGCGUCUCCGUGCCUUGAGCUCCCUCUGGCUCGCUCGGCCUAGGGAGUAAGAAGAAGCUUCGGGUGGUCGGUAGAGCUUCCUAUUCUGCUCGAUCGUGUGCGUAAUCUGUCGAUGUUUCUAUCGGUUUAGUGAUUACUAGCUUUAGCAGUAUGGAUGGAAAGAUGGAUGAAUCUGUUGGUGUUUGGUAGAGACAACCAACAGAGUUAAAUUGAACUCAGAUCAUGUUCAGCCAUCAUGCUCCAUCUUCAUGCAAUGAAACUUCUGUGAAACAAACCAUCAGUCUCAGUUAUAAAUAAUUAUUAUACAAACAAUAAAAUCUAAUUAUUGCUAA